AUAGGGCAGAUAAAUUCUAGAGGAAAAAAAAAAAAAAAAAGAACAACCGAAAGUGAGAAUGCUAAGGUUGCCACUCUCACUUCCUCUCCCCCUUUAGCGCAGAACAUCUUUGAAUACAGUACUUGCAGAGGGGCACCCACCGGGAGAGAAGAGCCUGGUGCCCCAGGGACUCGGCCCUGCCAACGGUUCCAGUCAGUUCAUCAUGCUUUCUCAGGGCCUCCGCUGGCUGCAGAACAUGCCAGGAUGAUUCCUCCCUUCUGCCUGGCUGGGACAUUGAUGAUGGCUUUGCUCCUCUCCUGCCUGAGACCAGAAAGCUUGGAUCCCUGUGUGGAGGUAGAUCCUAACAUUACCUACCAAUGCAUGGAUCAGAAUCUCAACAAAAUCCCUGACAACAUCCCCUCUUCAGUCAAGAACUUAGAUUUGAGCUUCAACCCCCUGAAGACCUUAGGAAGCCAUAGCUUCUCUAAUUUUCCAGAACUUCAGUUGCUGGAUUUAUCCAGGUGUGAAAUUGAGACAAUUGAAGAUGAGGCAUAUCAGGGAUUACAGCUGCUCUCAACCUUGAUACUGACAGGAAACCCUAUCCAGACUUUAUCCCAGGGAAGUUUUUCUGGACUAGAAAAUUUACAAAAUCUGGUGGCUGUGGAGAUAAAACUGGCUUCUCUAGAGAUCUUACCUAUUGGACACCUUAUAACCUUAAAGAAACUUAACGUGGCUCACAAUCUUAUACAUUCCUUCAAGUUACCUGAAUAUUUUUCCAAUCUGACUAACCUAGAACACUUGGACCUUUCUAAUAACUAUAUUCAAACUAUUUCCCACAACGACUUACAGGCUUUACGUGAAAAUCCCCAGUGCAAUCUCUCUUUAGAGCUUUCCUUGAACCCAAUUGACUUUAUUCAACCUCGAGCCUUUCAAGGAAUUAGGCUCCAUGAACUGACUCUAAGAAGUAAUUUUAAUAGCACAAAUGUAAUGAAAACUUGCAUUCAAAACCUGGGUGGUUUACAAGUCCAUAGGUUGAUCUUGGGAGAAUUUAAAAAUGAAAGGAAUGUAGAAAGUUUUGACCCCUCUGUCAUGGAAGGGCUGUGCAAUGUGGUCAUUGAUGAGUUCCGGUUAACAUAUGCAAAUGAGUUUUCAGGUGAUAUUACUGAUUUCAAUUGCUUGGCAAAUGUUUCUGCAAUGUCUCUGGCAAGUGUGUAUUUAAGACACCUAGAAGAAAUUCCUAAAUAUUUCAAAUGGGAAACCUUAAAAGUCACUAGAUGUGACCUUGAGCAAUUUCCACCUCUGAAGCACCCCUUCCUUAAACAUUUGACUUUUACUACCAACAAAAGGACUACCAGUUUUAAAGAUAUGAAUCUGCCAAACCUCACAUAUCUAGAUCUCAGUAGAAAUGGACUGAGCUUUAGAGGUUGCUGUUCUUAUGAUGAUUUUGGAACAAGUAUCCUGAAACACUUAAACCUCAGCUUCAAUGGUGUCAUCAGUAUGAGUGCAAACUUCAUGGGUUUAGAACAGCUGGAAUACCUGGAUUUUCAGCAUUCCACUUUAAAGAAGGCCACGGAAUUCCCAGUGUUCUUAUCACUUGAAAAACUGCUUUACCUUGACAUCUCUCAUACUAACACCAACAUUGACUUCAAUGGCAUGUUUUAUGGCUUGACCAGUCUCAACACCUUAAAAAUGUCUGGCAAUUCUUUCAAAGACAAUACUCUUUCAAAUGUCUUCACGAAUAUGACAAACUUGACAUCCCUGGAUAUUUCUAAAUGCCAAUUACAACAGGUAUCCUGGGGAGUGUUUGACACACUCCAUAGACUUCAGUUACUAAAUAUGAGUCACAACAAACUACUGAUUUUGGAUCCAUUCCAUUAUAAACAGCUGCACUCCCUCAAAACUCUUGAUUGCAGUUUCAAUCACAUAGAGACUGUCAAAGGAAUACUGCAACAUUUUCCAAAGAAUCUAGCCACCUUAAAUCUUUCUAAUAAUUCUUUUGCUUGUACAUGUGAACAUCAGAACUUCCUGCAGUGGGUCAAGGACCAGAGGCUGUUCUUAGUGAACACUAAACAAAUGACAUGUGCAACACCUGUAGAAAUGAAGGACUCCUUGGUGUUGGAUUUUAGGAAUGCCACCUGUUAUAUGCACAGGACCAUCAUCAGUGUGUCGGUGAUCAGUGUACUUGUGGUAUCCACUAUAGCGUUUCUGGUUUACAAAUUCUAUUUUCACCUGAUACUUAUUGCUGGCUGUAAAAGGUACAGCAGAGGUGAAAGCACCUAUGAUGCCUUUGUCAUCUACUCCAGCCAGGAUGAGGACUGGGUGAGAAAUGAAUUGGUAAAGAAUUUAGAGGAAGGGGUGCCCCCCUUUCGGCUCUGCCUCCACUACAGAGACUUUAUUCCUGGUGUAGCCAUCGCUGCCAACAUCAUCCAGGAAGGCUUCCACAAGAGCCGGAAGGUUAUUGUGGUGGUGUCUAGACACUUUAUCCAGAGUCGCUGGUGUAUCUUUGAAUAUGAGAUUGCUCAGACAUGGCAGUUUCUGAGCAGCCACUCUGGCAUCAUCUUCAUUGUCCUGGAGAAGGUGGAGAAGUCCCUGCUGAGGCAACAGGUGGAGCUGUAUCGCCUUCUCAGCAGGAACACGUACCUAGAGUGGGAGGACAAUGCUCUGGGGAGGCACAUCUUCUGGAGAAGGCUUAAAAAAGCUCUGUUGGAUGGGAGAGCCUGGAAUCCAGAGGAAACAGCAGAGGAAGAAAACAAUCAACAAGAAGCAACAACUUCCACCUGAGGAGGAUAAAACUCUGGGUCCAACACUUCUGUUUACAAGUAUUAGAUGUUACAGCUCAUCAGGGGUUCUGCUGUAGGCAAGGAUCCCCUGGUGCACAAGGUACCAAAAGUCUGGUAACCUCAUGGACCUUACAGAGCAGAAAGACAUAAUACUGAGAUCAAACUCCAUACCUUCCAGGCAUAUUCUUUAGUGAACUCUGGCAAAGAAUCAUAAUCAAAAAUCUCAACUCCUAUCAUAUCAAACUGAAGAAGAGGCUAAGCCUCAGUGAGAGUAGAAAGGAGCAUUAGUCUUCCCUUGACCUUUUGAAUAUAAAAUAUAUCAUAUACUGUGUUUCAGCUACCUUAAAUGAGUUUUGGUAGUUUCAACUGAACAAAAUGUUUGCUUACUUUCCCAUUUUUUCUACUGAAUAUAAUUAAAUUCCAUUGGCUCUCUUUGAGUGCCUCUGUUUCAAAA